AUGACGUCAUCCGUGAUUGUUGGAGAGGAUGAAGAGGAUUCGUUCAUGAAACCACUUGGGAGAUUGUCUGUGUUUUACUAUGGAGUUGGUCAUAUGCUUAAUGACAUCACUGCUUCUUGUUGGUUCACUUACCUACUCUUGUUCCUCACUCAGAUUGGUCUCUCCCCAAGGGAUGCGGCAAUCGUUAUGCUCUCUGGUCAAGUUGCUGAUGGCUUUGCUACUAUCUUCAUUGGUGAAUUGAUUGACAGAUUUGGACAUUUCAAAAUCUGGCACGCUGCAGGAUCUCUAUUAGUGGCUAUCUCAUUUUCUUCAGUCUUUGGUGGUUGUUUGCCUUGCUCAAUCCUCCAUAGCACCUCUUUAACGAUAGAAACAUUAUCAUACAGCACCUUUGCAGCUAUCUUCAACAUAGGAUGGGCAGCUACUCAGGUUUCCCACAUGGCUAUGGUUAAUUGCAUUACAUUGAAUUCAACAAGCAGAGUAGCACUAACAAGCUCCCGCAACGCCUUUAGCAUGGUUGCCAACUUAGGCUUAUACGCGAUUGCUUUAGUUGUAUUUGGUGUUAGCAAAGCUGAUACAAAAGAAAACACCGAGUCACAGUAUCGUUGGAUUGCUUAUUCAUGCAUCACUGUUGGCUGCUGCUUUGUGAUCAUAUUCCUUAUGGGAACAAAGGAACCACGGCUGAGGAUAAAUCUAAGAGAAAGUAACCGAUCGAGAAUACCAUGGGCUUAUUGGUUCCGUAAAAUUCUAUAUUAUCAAGUCGCUGUGGUUUAUCUCCUCACACGACUAGUUUUGAAUGUUUCACAGGCUUACCUUGCAUUCUUUGUUAUUGAUGACCUUCAAAUGGCUCAAUCCGCUAAAGCUCUCAUUCCUGCAAUAAUCUACAUCUGCAGCUUCGUUGUGUCAGUUAUGCUUCAGGAGAUUCCAUGGAAUGGGAAACGUCUCAAGGCCUAUUACUGUGCUGGUGGUAUUAUUUGGAUGUUCUCUGGUGUAUCCAUCCUCUUAUUGCCUAGAAGCGUUAACUAUUUCAUGUAUGCCAUCUCUGUCUUUAUCGGCAUCGCAAAUGCAUUAAUCCUAGUGACAGCAAUUAGUAUGCAGAGUGUUCUGAUUGGUUCAGAGCUUGGUGGAUGUGCUUUUGUCUGUGGGUCUUUAAGCUUCUUAGAUAAAAUGUCAUGUGGGCUUGCUCUAUAUGUUCUUCAGUCACACCAAAGUGCCACUUCACCACAAGUGGAUGUAAACAUAUCACAUAGUUUAAACUUCUCGGUGACGAGAUAUGGAUUAGGACUUGUCCCAGCUGUAUGUUCCUUUAUUGGAGUCGUUGUCACGUAUUUUAUGGAGCUAGACAGCACAAUACUAAAGCCUUUGUGUCAACCGUUGCUUCUUGAGUGA